UUAUCUUUUAUACCAUAUAAUAUAAUGUCUAGUAAACAUAUCAAAGAUACAAUUGAUUUUGAUAAUGAGUCAAUUACUACAAAAAAAUCGAUUCAUAGAGGUAGUCGAAAGUCACUUUAUAUGGCUGGUGUUGUUGCUGCUACUGGUGGCUUCGUAACAGGUUUUGAUACAGGUGCUAUUUCGGGUAUAAUGGUACUCCAACCUUUUAUCAAUCGUUUCCUGAAUGUAGAUAGCACUUAUCGUAAUGGUCUCUUAGUUGCUAUGAUGCUAUUAACUGCUACAAUUGGUGGUUUAGCCUCUGGCAAUGUUUGUGAUUUUAUGGGUCGUAAAAAUGCAAUUCUUCUUGGUACAGGUGCGUUCGCAAUAGGGGCACUUUUUGAAACAAUUGGAUACAGCUUUGGGUUAUUAUUAGUCGGACGUCUGUUUGUUGGUCUUGGUGAAGGCUUCUUAACUAAUGCAAUUCCCUUGUAUCAUACGGAGAUCGCACCACCCGAUAUUCGUGGCCGUCUUAUUAGUUUGUUUAGUGCAUGUUUAUCUGUAGGCACUAUUGUUGGCUAUUUUGUCAAUUUUGGUACAUCUUAUAUUACAACAGAUUGGGCAUGGCGCGCUCCUUUCCUUAUGGAACUCGGUAUCUGUAUCUUAUUAAGUGUCGUCUAUUUCUUACCUCCUUCUCCACGUUGGUUAAUUGAUAAGGGCCGUCAUGAGGAAUCUCUUGAAGUGCUUGCUAAACUACACGGAUCUACUAUUGAUGAUCCUGAAGUCCGUAAUGAAUUUGAAAGUAUUUGUGAAGAGAUUGAAACUGAACAUUCUUUUGGUAAUCGUACGUACAUUGAAUGUUUCCGCGGAACAAAUCUGAAGCGUACCUUACUUGCUUUAUUUACUGGUAAUGGUGCAGCCUUUACGGGUACCUAUUCUGUUACUUAUUUUGCACCUCAAAUCUUUAUUCAAGCUGGUGUGGGAUCUGCAUCUAUUUCAUUGGCUACUACGGGUUCUAGUAAUAUUUUGGUCCUUAUCAUGAAUCUCUUGACUGUCAUGUUUGUAGACAAGUUGGGACGUCGUCUAAUUUUUACUUCAGGCGCUUUCAUUAUGGGUGUCUCGAUGUAUGCUGUUGGUGCACUCUUUCAAGCUUAUCAUUACGUAGAUGAAUUAGGUGAAGUCAGUAUUUACAACAAACAUGCCUGUGCUGCUGUCAUUGCCUUUAUCUUUAUCUUCCAAGCUACUUAUGCCUAUAGCUGGGGUCCUGUAGCCUAUAUUUAUCCUGCUGAAAUUUCUAAUAUGCGUACACGUUCUAAAGUAAUUGCAUUAGCUUACGGUUUGAAUUGGGCAAUUGGUAUCCUAUUGACCUUUAUCAUGCCUAUCUUUAUGGAUAAAACCAUCUAUGGUGGUUAUUACUUUUCCGGCGCUUGUUGUACAGUUCUUUUCUUAGGUAGCUUUAUGUUAGUAGAAACAAAGGGUAAAACGCUCGAAGAGAUCGAUCGUAUGUUUAACCCUGUCAAAUAAUAAGUUGAAUAGAGGAAUAACAACAACAACAACAACAACAAAAAGGAGUAUAUCCCCAUUUUAGAACAUCAUUUUAUUACUAACUUAUUUAUCGCAUUUUAAUAAAUUCUUCAACCAUAUAGGGAAAAGCGCCUUUGCCUCAAUCGCCUCUACUCAUUCUCCUUUUUUUUUUUUUGGUAGGUUGCUGUCAAGCUUCUCUAUAGAAAGAAGAUGGUAGGAUUAUGCGCAUUAGGUUUUGGCCUUUUCUUUAUUUUUGGAUACAUUAUUUUGUGUACUAAAAGGAACAACCGAGGGGUGCUAGACGUUAUAUAGUCGGCUGAGAUUAGACCCUUAUGAGCGGACCAUGUUAAUGCAUGCGUCGCCACGAGUUACCUGAAU